UAUUAUAAUUUUACAUACAUGAAUUACAAACAAAUAUUGUCUUGUGUUCUUGGAACAUUCUGGGUUGAUGUAAAAUGUGUUUUUACCAGAAACAGGUGAGGUUUGACAUUCAUUCAUUUUGUUAAUUUUCACAAAUUUGAAAAUUAACAAAAGUUAACAGAACAGAAAUAAUACAGAGGCCAGAAAAGCUGCUCCGAGGGUUAAAUGUUGUUUGAUAGUUAAUAUUAAUCUAUCAGCUUCAGAUUACUGUUUUUUUUAAUCACCACCCAUGUGUCAGAGGAACAUUUUAACACAUAUUUGGGAUGUGACACAAAGGUAUGACAUUCAUACCUGAAGUGCUUUGUUUAACCUCACUGUUUUUGAAAGGAAACACAGAAGUUGAUUGUCAUCAGAAAUUCUUUUUUUUUUAUUAUUAGGGUGUGUAAUAUUUAUGUUGCUUAAAAUUACAAUAAUUAAAUAUCAAAUAAGAUAAAAAAAGUAAAAAAAAAAUAAAACCAAUUUAUUUAUUAUUUAUUAUUAUUUAUUUUAAUCAUGUCUCCAUUGUGUAUAACUGUGAUGGUGUUACUACCUUAAUUCUACUCAUGUAAAAAAAAACAAAUAAAAAAACAAUAGCACCAUUAUUGAACAGAACACAGCCACACCAUUGUGUACUUCCAUGACACAUACAGCUAUUCUUUAAAAUGCGUUAUGCCAGAGUGACUCGCUGAAACACAAGAAUUACUACCAAAUAUGAAAACAAAGGUUUUCCAAUUGGUCAUGCAGGAAAAUCAACGUAAACCACUGUCAGCACUGUUGUCAAAAAAAUUGCUGGAAUUAACACAAAUAACAGGUUGGUACGAACAGAUAUUGUAGUACCAGUAACUGUGAUGUGUAUGUUGUAAGCAAAGUGUCACAUAAUAUGUGAACGAAAAAACAAAGAAUUCUGAUAAAUUGUAUGACCUACCAGAUGCCAUGGACCACUUGUUGAAAACCUUUGUCUUGGUUGAUACUUUUAAAAUUUGAGUUUUUCAUAUUUGUUUUUACAUUUUUGUUUUUACAUUUUUUGUUUUUAUUUGUUUUUAGUUUUUAGUUUUUCAUACUGUGCAUCAUCAUGAUUCAUCUCCACCCCCCACGGUGGACAUAUGUUCAAAUAUGUGGCAUGUCAAAAAUGUACGUGUCCUUAAACUGUACACGGCAUCCCAGAAUAAUUAACAUUUUCCAGGAAUCUCAGUCAAACAAACCUUUUCAGCCAAGAAUAGAAUAGCAGUGAUUCAGUGACGUCAGCGAGUAGCACAUUUAUCUAAAAGGUAUUCACAUACCUGUAGCGGCAGGCCCUGGGCGUCUUAAUGACAUGUUCUCUCCUGCGUUUAAAGUGAGCACAGGAAGCAACGGUACAGUAACUUUGUGGACAUGUCCAACAUCUCUACGGGCAUAAACAGAGAUGUAAAAAUGCCACAAAUUUUGUUUUCAAGGACGUGGUUUCAUGAAAUCUGGAGUAUGAUACAAAAUGUGAAACGGCCCCGGAGUUGGAAGACUGACUAUACACUCCAGCCAUCUCUGGAAGAAGUGCUACAAGACAAAAGCUGCUUGGCCGCAUUCCACACCUUUCUUCAGUCCGAGUUCAGCGAGGAAAAUAUCGAGUUCUGGCUCGCAUGUGAAGAUUUUAGGUCGACCACCUCGACAGGCGAUCUUCGCUGCAAAGCAGAGGAGAUUUACAGAGAGUUCAUCCAGCCCAUGGCCAGCAGAGAGAUCAACGUUGACCACCAUAUAAGGGAGAACAUCAGGAAGUCUUUGGAAAAACCCAACCACUCCUGCUUCGACGAGGCCCAGAAACACGUUUACCUGCUGAUGGAACGAGACUCUUGCCCCAGAUUUUUGCUUUCUGAUGCAUACCUGUGUCUAAAGUGUAAAUCCAAAUCUGUCUGGUACAUUUAGCUUCAGAAUACUUUGUACUGCUUUUGUUGUUUGCUU